UUUUACGAACCCAAUUUGUAUCUUGUGUGUAAAAUCAUUGACAUAAAUAAUUAUGCUGUUCGCCUUAUUCUGUGGCAUAAUAUAGUCGUCGUUAUUAUAUUGUCUUAUCUGUAAAGGUAUUUAAAAAUAAACAAAUAUAUAUAAUAGUUAAGAUAUACGUAUAUCACUAUGAUUUGCAAAAAAAAUACUGUAGCAUGCUGAUAACAACAAUUAUUAAAAAUAUCGUCGUUAUUGUCUAACUCGUAUAAAUACUAAUCACUGUAUCUCUGUGUUGGUUAUUACUCUGGGAGAAACAACAAUAGUGAGAACAAUGUUAUUUAAUUCGCUAUUAUUGUGUACUGUGAUAGUGAUAAAAUGUGAAGCAGCGAGGAUUUUAGCAGUGUUUCCUUGUCCCUCUAUAAGUCAUCAAGUUGUCUUUCGUCCGUUGACCCAAGAGCUGGCCAAACGUGGACAUGAAGUGGUCGUCAUAACAACAGACCCAGCAUUCCCCAAAGGAGAAACUCCAGCAAACCUUACCGAAAUAGAUGUUCACGAUUUAUCUUACAAUAUAUGGGUGAAGAAUUUCAUUGAAUUAUCGAAAGGAAAACAGCAAGAUGCACAUGACCAAAUGGAAGUUGCUAUGGAUACGUUGAACACUAUAAUUAAGCAGCAGUUGCAGAUGAGUGAAGUACAAGAAAUCGUGCGUGGGGGACAACAUUUCGACUUAAUUUUCGUUGAAUCCGUUGCAAGGCAAGCAUUGGCUUUUACACAAGUGUACAAAGCUCCUGUUAUUUUGAUCAGUUCUUUUGGUAAUGUUUAUUUCGUACAAGAAGCUUUAGGAAUUCCAACACACCCACUGCUUUAUCCGUCAGCAAUCAGUCAUAGAUUGUACAAUUUGACAUUCUGGGACAAAUUCAGUGAAUUAUACAAAUAUUAUAGAUAUAUGAGAUUCGUGAAUAAUAAUGAAGAAAAAGAGAAUAGGAUGCUGAGAAAAUAUUUCGGGGAAGAUCUUCCUUCAGUAACGGAUCUGCUAGCAAACGUUGAUAUGUUAUUUUUGAAUAUGCAUCCGAUAUUUGAGGGAAAUUUUCCUGUACCAUCGGGCGUAAUAUACAUUUGGGGGAUUCAUAAAAAGGAACCAAAGGAUUUGCCACAGGAUUUAAAAUCUUUCUUGGAUUCCUCUGAACACGGAGUGAUAUACAUUAGUUUUGGCACAAACACCGACCCAGCAAAUUUACCUCCAGAAACGAUACAGAUGUUCAUCAGAGUGCUCUCUAAACUUCCCUACGAUGUUCUGUGGAAGUGGAAUACGGAUGAAUUGCCUGGAAGGACUCCUAACAUUAGAAUAAGCAAAUGGUUCCCACAAUCUGAUUUACUUAGACACCCAAAAAUCAAACUUUUUAUCACACAAGGAGGUCUUCAAUCGACUGAUGAGGCUGUAACAGCAGGUGUACCGCUGGUCGGUAUACCCAUGCUGGGAGAUCAGUGGUUUAAUACUGAGAAAUACGUCCAUCUUAAAAUUGGUGUGCAAAUAAACGUUGAAACUGUCACUGAAGUUGAGUUCAGAAAUGCUAUCAAUACCGUAAUUGAGGAUGAAAGCUAUAGAAGAAACAUCAAGAAGUUGUAUGAGUUGAUGUCUGACCAGCCCGAACAGCCUCUGGAGCGUGCAGUCUGGUGGACAGAGUACGUGUUGCGUCACUCCGGUGCCAGACACCUGCGGGCGCCCGCUGCCAACAUCUCCUGGGCUGAAUACCUGGAGCUAGAAUUUAUGUCAAAAUUACUCUUGGGUCUUUUUAGCGUCAUCGCAUUUCUGCUUGUCGCUUUGUACCAGUUGUUUUGCAAGAAAUAUUUUUUCUAUGACAAGUUAAAACGGGAAUAAAUAUUUUUUUUCAUUUGGACAUUAAAUUAUGUCGAUAGUAUGAAUUCUUAUGUGAUCUAGAGUCGGCCGAUGGUUAUAGAAAAAUACCAUUAAAGAAGGUCUUUGUUGAAAGUGAUCAACUAUUUUGUUGUAUUUUGUAUAAUGUAAAAAGAUGCCUCGAUAUUUUUACAAUGUUUUUUGCUGUAUAUCUAAUUUGAAUAAGGUUUGAA